UCUAAGGGGAUCUAUUGGAAAUCUCUGCUAUGUGGUGGAUGCGAAAGAAGGCGUGAUUUAGGAAAGAUUUCCCAACCUGGUGCGCUGAGCGCGUGUCUCUCUCUCUCUCUCUCCACUGAUGCCGCGCGUUUAGCGCUUUUACGCGUCGGGUGGAUUUUGCGCACUGGAGGGUUUGCGAUGUGGAAGACACCUGUCGUGGGUUUCAUUUGUUCUUUAUCGCUUCUAUUGUCGCUGACAUGUGCUGGUGAUGUAAAAUCGCGCAGCUGCGGCGAUGUGCGCCAGGCGUAUACAGCCAAAGGCUUUGGUCUUCAUAAUGUACCGCACCAGGAGAUAUCAGGAGAACAUCUGCGGAUUUGCUCCCAGGGCUACACCUGCUGUAUCUCAGACAUGGAGGACAAACUCAGCCAGCAAAGUAAGAUGGAUUUUGAGAAAUUAGUGGAGGAGAGCAGCCGCACCAUACAGACAAUAUUUACCUCCAGACAUAAAAAGUUUGACGAAUUUUUCCUGGAGUUGCUGGACAACUCAGAAAAGUCACUCAACGACAUGUUUGCACGCACAUAUGGCAAACUGUACACUCAUAACUCUGAAAUAUUUGAAGAUCUGUUCUCAGAGCUAAAACGCUACUACACCGGCGGCAAUGUCAACCUUGAAGAAAUGCUGAAUGAUUUCUGGUCGAGACUACUUGAACGAAUGUUUCAGCUGCUCAACUCCCAGUACACAUUUAGUGAUGACUAUCUUGAGUGUAUCAGCAAAUAUACCGACCAGUUAAAACCUUUUGGAGAUGUUCCACGCAAACUCAAAGCCCAGGUCACGAAGGCUUUUAUUGCAGCUCGCUCGUUCGUUCAAGGACUUAUGGUGGGUCGUGAAGUGGCCAACAGAGUGGCGAAGGUCAGUAUAUCACCAGGUUGCAGUAAAGCACUGGCCAAAAUGCUAUACUGCCCAUACUGUGGAGGAAUGCCAGGCCUCAAACCCUGUCCCAACUACUGCCAAAAUGUCAUGAGAGGUUGCCUGGCCAACCAAGCGGAUCUGGAUCCAGAGUGGAAUCUCUUCAUUGGUAAGAAAUGA